CAAGGGCCAACUCCCUUUCUUUAAGCCGAAUAAACGAGGGCAUUUCUUCACUCUGAAAAAUUUCUUGGUAUAAAUACUGAGCCGCGUCCAAUACCGAUCACACUUGAACUCACAAGCUCAACAUGUUCAGCAAGAUCCUCGCCCUCUCCGCCCUCGUGGCCGCCGCCUCCGCCGGUGUUGUCGCCCCUGCGCUGACCACCUACGCCGCCGCCCCUGCCUAUAGCUACGCGGCUGCCCCCGCCUACGGCUAUGCUGCCCCCGCCAUCGCCCGUGCCGCUUAUGCUGCCCCCGCUUACGGCUAUGCUGCCCCCAUUGCCCGCACUUAUGCCGCCCCCGCCCUUGCCAAGGUCGCCGUCCCCGCCGAAUUUGACGCCCACCCCCAAUACAGCUUCGCUUACUCCGUGUCCGACGCCCUGACCGGCGACAACAAGGAGCAGCACGAGAGCCGCGACGGUGAUGUUGUCCAGGGCUCUUACUCCCUCAUCGAGGCUGACGGCACCCGCCGCACCGUCGACUACACCGCCGACUCCGUCAACGGAUUCAACGCCGUCGUGCACAAGGAGGCCGCUGUCGCCAAGGCCGUCGUUGCCGCCCCCGUCGCCCACGCUACCUACGCCGCCCCCGCCUACGCCCGUGCCUAUGCCCCUGCUGCUUAUGCCGCCCCCGUCGCCCACGCCGCCUACGCCGCCCCCGCCUACGGCCGUGCCUACCUGGGUUAAGUGCUCAAAUCAGAACUGUUGAAGCAUGUAACUUAUUUUUUGAGUGAUCGUUUAUUGUUCGUGUUUUCAUGGUUUGGAAACCAUGGUUGUACAAGACUUACUUUCAAACAGAAUAAAUAGAUAAAUAUUUAAAAUCGAA